CUAUAAAACAGUAGAGCUGUGUCUGUGGAUCCAGGAGCCUCAGCUCUCUGAAUCACAGGAAACUUUGACAGGACACAGUUUAAGGGGGCGUCUCAGCCAUUCAGCAGCAAUGAAGACCUCCCUGGCAGCUCUGACACUCUGCCUGCUGGUACUGAUGGUCACAGCCUUCCCCUUUGAAAGGAAGGGGGCUUCGCCAGGACGCACCCAGUACGCAGCGCAGGAUGACUUCAAUAUCAUCGCCCACGGCCUGCUGCAGCUGGGCCAGAACCUGAAGGAGCAUGUAGACAAAACCAAAGGUCAGAUGAGAGACAUUUUCACCAAGCUGAAAGCUUUUAACCGCUCCAUGGCUGAGCUGGGGAAGGAGAGCCAGAGGCAGCAGGCGGAGGGGGAGACCCUGAAGACUCGAGCUGUGGGGAUGGAGAACAGAGAGGGACAGCUGAUCAAUGUCACAUCUGAGCUGAGAGAGAAAGUGGAGGAGAUCCAGCAGGAAAGGAGGACCAUGAGUGAGAGGAUGAGCCGGCUGGAGGAGAGGGUGGACAGCAUGCUGCAGGGACACAUGAGCCCCGGUGCCAGGAACAGCAGUGAUGGACACAGCAUCCAGCUCAUGCUGGAGACUCAGAACAGGCGCAUCGAUGACCUGGUGGAGCGCAUCAGGCUCCAGCAGGAGAAGCUCGACAAGCAGAACAUGCGCAUCAGGACGCUGCAGGGUCAGUUCAAACAGCCCGGAAAGAGGCCAUCACCGCGGAGCGGCAGCAACGCCGAUGGCGCAGAGGAGCAGCGCGACUCCCCUCUCGAAAUGGCCACAGACUGUCAUGAACUGUUCCUGAGAGGAGAGACCACCAGCGGGAUCUACACCAUCCGGCCAACUGACUCCGAGCCUUUUAACGUCUUCUGUGAGAUGGCACCUGAUGGUGGAUGGACAGUCAUCCAAAGACGCCAGGAUGGCUCUGUGGACUUUAACCAGCUGUGGCAGGCUUACGAGAAAGGCUUUGGCAUUCUAAAUGGGGAGUUCUGGUUGGGCUUGGAAAACAUUCACGCCAUUGCCAAAGAUGGGAGCUACAUCCUGUGUGUCAAAUUCUCAGACUGGUCAGAUGACAUGGCUUCUGUCUGCUUCGCUCUUCAACUUAGUGGAAGAGAAACCAACUAUACACUGUUGGUCAAGGGGGUUGGUCCUGAUGAUAGGCUUCAGAGCUCCUUGACCACCGACUCAGCCACCGGCCUGCCUUUCUCUACUCAGGACCGAGACAAUGACUGGAAAGCUGAAAACUGUGCCAAAUACCUUUCCGGCGGUUGGUGGUUUAGCAACUGUGGUCGCUCCAACCUGAACGGACGAUACUUCCAGAGCCCUCCUCCUAAACAGCGGCACCAGAGGAAGCAAGGCAUCUUCUGGAAGACCUGGAGGGGACGCUACUACCCUUUGAAGUCAAGCACAAUGAUGAUUGCUCCUGCCGCUAUCAACAAGUCCUAAAGAGCUAAAAAUGGCAAAGAGGAGGACGAUGUUGGGAGAAAGGAGCAGAUUCUUGACUGCCUUUUACAUUCUUGUACCUGGAUUUUUUUUGUAGAUACACCCAAAUAUUUGGUUUUUCCUUUGUGAGAAACCCGACACCAGACCCACAGGACUGAAAGCAGAGGAACAAGCAAACUCAUAUUUUAAGACAUUUUAGUGAUCUAUUGUGUUAAAAGAGAAAGAUUCCUUAUCGUCAUGUAACUGAGACUCCAACUAAACAUGCAGUGGAACAUUUUUCAGAUAUGUUUAUCCUGAUGAGGUUUCCUUCUGUAGACGUGAGCAAGUCUCUGCUUGUAUUCUGAGCUGGGAGUCAUCAAGCAUUUUCCAACAAGCUCAGGCGCCUCACUCGGGGUGAUGGGGCUUACUGCUGAGGUUUAGUAAUUAGCAAACAGGGAUAUUAGACUGAAAUUAUCUGCAGAACUGCUAUGUUUUUGUGCAUAAUAUGCGCACAAGUGAAAUGCUGAUUCAAGAAGCUUUUAAAACCGCAAGCUGUGGUCCAAAUAGACUCUUAAACACAAGCAGCUGCUUUCUGGCAUAAUAAAAAUGGAGUUGGAUGACCUGGUAUACUGACAUCAACUAGCUUCAGGCUAUGCUAACCCUUAAAUUGCUCACUGUUGCUGCCUCUUUUUACCACAUACUUUAUUCUCUAUUAUUAAAACUCAAAUGAAA